AUGUUUAGCAGUGAAAGUAUGUAAGAGCAUAUUUUGUAUGACAAAAUCUAUUAAUACCUAUGGGUUAAAUCAGAGACAGCCAAUCCUCCUGCAAUUCUUAUUCCUGAUACUGUCAUUCUUAUUCGUUCUAUGCCCAUUUAUUGGUAUUACACAGAUAAAGAAACUGGAGAAAUAAAAAAGAAAAUGAGAAAGAAUGUUACUAAACAAAAUAUAAAAUAAACUUGGAAUCAAUAAGUUGGCAGAGGUGGUGUUGUUGCAUACCUUUUACAUUUUAUGUAUGCGUUGUUCCCUACUAAUUUGCAAGUGAUAAUUUAGAUCUUAAUUACCCUCCAGAAAAGUUUCAAAUUAGUGGCUAAAUCCAAGUGAU